AUGACCUCAACCAGAGCACUACCAGAUUGGCUAGGCUGCACUCCUCACCCAACAGAGCUCGAGCUCCUAGACCAUACCCUUAUCUUCGACGUUAUCCAUGCUGUCGCUCACACGAGGCUUUUGACCGUGGUGCUACCUGGCAGAAAUCGCCUUCGCCUCUUCGAGAACGAUUCUAAACCAAAUCUGGAAUCUUCCUCUGACAAUUCGAAGAGGAGAAGCGCUGCGCUUGCUGACAGCAACGACGAGUCUGAUCUGUUUGUACCAUCGUUACGUCAAGGUACGACCCUGAAGAAGCAACGUCUGGAGUCUUCCGCUCCUAAGCAAAGGGCAGUAUUAAGAGCCAAAGUCGCGCUGAAUUCAGACAACAAAGCUCGCCCUGAGCCUCGAGGCCAGCCAGAAGUGUGGGCAGAGAUGCGACGAGCAUUAUGCGAGUCGCUAACUUGCUACCAGGCAUACCAGUCAGGUGCCUACACUUGGGGAAGCUCAAAUGGGUCGGCUGGUUAUGCGUACGGCUUUCUCUUAGAUAACGAUAAUGACGACUAUGGCUAUAUGGACGAGAAAGUCGUGAUUACCAGACUCGGCGGAUGGGUGAAGAGUACAUGGAAGGGUCUCAGAGCACGUGGACGCACGUCGGCUCACCGCACGGAGAUCCUUCAACCGCAAUCAUUCCGCACUGGCUUUCUGAAUGAAUACAUCCUCUUCGGCCUAAUCGGUCCUCUGAAUGCCGACGAUGACAACUUCAUCACACGCUGGAUGGUCGAGCACGGCUGGAAACUCAAGAUCCAAUACUCGGAGGACGCCUGCAUCGAAACCACGCUGGGGGAAUAUCCCAAAUUCCUCUCCCAAUGCAUGAGGUGGGCGCGCACGACCUGGCGCAGCAACCCUCUCAGCCUCCUAUCGAGCCGAACCUGGACCACGCAGCCAUGGUCUAUUUACGCCGUCUACCUCACCUCCUUCGUCAACUUCGCCCUCUUCUACGACGCCGUACUCCUCUCCACACCCUGGAUUUAUCUCAACACCCAAAGAAUCAGCCGCUCCGUUGAGCCCUUCACCGGGAUAUUGACCCUCUGCUUUUGGAUCUUUUGCACGAAACUCAUCAAACCCCGGCCACAUUUCCGGCGACAUCCUCGUGAUCUGGCAUCGUCCUCUCCAAAUACUCUUCCAACCCCAGCAUCGAACCCCUACCGCAUCUCGACUACUUUCUCAUAA